AGGAAAGCCCACCUAGCACUUCAGUCUCUACUCUCUUGGACUAGCAAUUAGCAGAGUUUGAUCAACAAUGGCUUCCAGGCUACCCUUUCUCAGGAGAAUCUCUAAACUUCUCAAAGCUCCGCCUUCGACACCCCUCCGCUCUUUGCGCCAUUCACUUGCUCUGGGUUUUCUUCUUCCACAACCUCCGACGCCUGACGUUUCUCCUCGGUUCUUCUUUUCUUCUAGAAGCAUUUGCUCCGGCCCUCUUAAUCUCCCCCAGGAUUCUCAGGGACCUGCACCCAUCGAUUACCGUUCGGUUCUAUCGGAAGAUGAAUUUCAUGGAUUAGCUAAUUCUACAAUCCAUGACCUUCAAGAAAAACUAGAGGAAUAUGGUGAUAUUGUUGAACUUGAUGGUUUCGAUGUAGACUAUGGGAAUGAAGUGCUUACACUAAAACUCGGGGCUUUGGGCACCUAUGUGAUGAAUAAACAGACCCCUAAUAGACAAAUUUGGUUAUCGUCUCCUCUAAGCGGUCCAUCCAGAUUUGAUUGGGAUCAUAAUGUUCAAGCUUGGGUUUAUCGACGAACUAAAGCGAAUUUGUUGAAACUCUUGGAAAGUGAGCUGGAGCAACUUUGUGGUAAACCAGUCAACCUUUCAUAGCUUCCGUAGAUCCUAUGGUGUUCGCGUAAUUUCGACCUCCGAAGCUUAUUUCACCACUGAAGCAGCAUGCCUCGAUUUCCUUGAACAAACUAUAUCUCAAGAUUCUUAAACUCCCUCAUGUGAUGUAAUCUUACAGAAAGUAGAAUAGGUCCCCAAUAAAUCAGUUCAACGGUAUGUUAAGACCCUCUAUUGCUUUUUCACCCAACUUCUUGGUGACCGGUAUAUCGGCUAUUAUAU